AUCAUGAUGGAGAAAAGUUGGCUCGUUGUUGGUGCGCUUCUUCUGCUCGCUUUGAGCCCGUGUUUGCGGGCAGAGGAGGAAGAGGACGCAUCCUGCCGAGGAGCCUACGACCUCUACUUCGUCGUGGACAGAUCUGGAAGCAUUACGACUAAUUGGUUUCAGAUCUACGAGUUCGUGGAGAAUCUGGUGGAGCGAUUUGUGAGCCCCAAUUUCAAGGUUUCCUUUAUCGUCUUUUCGUCGAGCGCCGACGUGAUCCUGCCGCUCACUGGAGACAGAGCGGAGAUAAAUGAAGGAUUGAAGAAACUCAGUAAGGUCAGACCUGCAGGUGAUACGUACAUGCAUGAAGGAAUAAAAAUGGCGUGUGAUCAAAUGAAAGAUCAAACCACAAAAUCAUCGACCAUCAUCGUCGCCUUGACGGACGGGAAGCUUGACGAGUAUAUCCACACGCUCACUGUGGUAGAGGCCAACACGGCGAGGAAAUACGGUGCUCGAGUUUACUGCGUCGGUGUGAACGACUACGACAAGAAUCAGCUGGUUGAUGUCGCCGAUUCCGUGGACCAAGUGUUUCCAGUCGACGAUGGUUUUCAGGCCCUCAAGGGAAUUAUUAAUUCGAUCUUGAAGCAGUCGUGCACAGAGAUCUUUAGAGUGGAGCCGUCCAGCGCCUGUGUGAACCAGUCCUUUGACAUGGUUCUAAGUGGCAACGGGUUCAGAGCGGCAAGAAACACGGAGGGAAUCCUGUGCAUCUUCAAGCUGGACGGUCAAAUGCACGAAGUGAAGCCGACCUCAGUGAGAGGAGACUACGUGCUGUGUCCUGCGCCAGUGCUUCAGUAUGCUGGACAAGUGUUGGAAAUCCUCAUCAGCCUGAACGGCGGCGGUUCUUACAUCACGAGUCCUUUUACCAUCACCGCAUCGACCUGUUCGGACGGUACGGUGGUGGCCAUUAUAUUACUGGUGCUGUUCCUGAUUCUAGCUCUGGUGCUGAUGUGGUGGUUCUGGCCUCUCUGCUGCACUGUGGUUAUUAAAGACCCGCCUCCACAAAGACCUCCACCACCACCACCACCUAAACCAGAAGAGACGCCACCACCUAAGAAGAAAUGGCCCACCGUCGACGCGUCCUAUUACGGAGGAAGAGGAGCCGGUGGAAUCAGACGCAUGGAGGUACGUUGGGGCGAGAAAGGCUCGACAGAGGAGGGUGCGAGACUGGAGAUGGCCAAGAACGCAGUGGUCUCAGUACCAGAAGAAAUGGAAGAGCCGAUGAUCAAAAAGCCCUCGGCUCCUGCAGCUUCCUACCAUCAGUCCGAAACUAAAUGGUACACGCCCAUCAAGGGCCGUCUCGAUGCACUGUGGGCUUUACUCCGGAGGCAGUACGACCGAGUUUCCCUCAUGCGGCCCACCGGAGCCGAUAAGGGACGGUGUAUCAAUUUCAGUCGAGUACAACACCGCUAACCAGACUGAUAUCAGAAACUGUGGACGGCAACAAUAUCAGCGAGGAGAUCAAGAAUUCCUGCUUUUUUAUACACACGAUAAACAACACGUAUCUGAUUUAUGUUAUUUUGAUCGUUUUUAAUCGGCUGGUUCCAUCCCACCUGCCUUAAAAUGCUUUCUCUGAGACUGAGAUCGUAAAAAGUGCCUAGUUUUUCAGUAUUCGGGUUUCAGAUCAUCUAAAGAACUUUUAUCCCAUGAUAAACACGUAAAAAAAAAAAAUCCCAGUCGGCUGGGCGAGUGCGAGGAAGUCUGGCGCCUCUCGGACAGACCUCGCGCUGCGGGCCCAUGCCUAGCGGGACGUCUUUGACCGGCGGUCCUGUCAUUUUAACGCACAGGAGUGCACAUGCAUGACAAAUUGUAGACAGAAUGCCCUGAGGUUAUCGCUCGCAGUUCCGUUUCGCUUUUUAGUUCGGUAAAGACACCUUUCCAUCACCAGGAAAUUAAUAGAGCGUUAUUCACUCCGAGACGCCCGGGAGCAAAGCGCCGGAGAUACUGUUGAGCUCCAGACACUGCCAGACCUUGGUGCCAUUGUUUUUUGGGGGUUUUUUCCAUUGUAGAAGUAUGAUUUCUUAGAACGCUAGGUCAAUCCCAUCUCUAUGGUGGACAUCAGCAUGAAGCUUCUGCUUGCCUUUAAUAGGCCUGUGACCCUACCUGCGUCCAUCCAUUUAUUUUAAAUGAUAAAAAAGCACUUAUGACCGAAUAACUUUGGUUUAUUAUAUACAAAUAUCAUCAGAUCCUGUGCCCAACCUACAGAAAUCGAGCAGCACACGUAUAGGUUUUAUGCCCACGUCCAUGCGUCCAUCGCGCUGUCAUGACGCCGUUCGAGAAACGAUCCCAGUACGGAUGAAAACGCCGCAGGGUUUGGGGGGGUGGAGAGAAAAGCAAGAGGGGAAAAAAAGGCUCGAACGAUCCAGUCACUUUCGAUCCGCUACUUCAGACGCAAAAUGGAUAUUCGAGUGGAAAUCUGACAAAGCGCGCCGGCUUUGACGGGAAGCGGUAUAGACAAUGACCAGUGGCUGGGUCAGUGGGAUGUCUCCGCGCGGGCCGAGAAGCUUAUCAAAUGACACUAAAAAUAAGUUCAACAACCAUCAAGUUCCAGGGGGGACCGGAAGAGGGGCUUGGGUGCCGCGCCAGUGCCCGCGCCAGUGCCCGGCCAGCGCGCCAUCCGGUAGGGGUAUUGCACGUGCCCGCUGAUUUAAUUAUCCCUUUGUCUUCUUCGUCUGGACCUUACAGGCUGGGAUUUAAUUCCUCAAACCCCAAACAAACAAAAUAAACAACACAUUUGCGUCUUGCGUCCACCAGACCUGUGUAUUUUAUUAUUAUUAUUAUCAUUAUUACUAGCAGAGUACGACGUGCAGUUAUUCAUUAUUCUUAAACUCUGUAACAUCUCUGCUGAAAAGAGUAGAACUGCCAUUAAUUAACCCUCAUUAAUUAGCUUCUAACACACAUUCUUCACACAGUCGGCACAUAAAACACGGCUUUCUGCACAGCACCUGAAAACAAACAGCUUUCGUAUUCUCGGCACGUCACAUUCAGCAGCGCAGACUCUCCCCGGCCUCUUUAAUGCACUGUUCAGAAGAACAAAAUAUACGGUAUUAUUAAUAAUUAAUAUUUUUUAUUUUACAUCUUAUUUUACAUACAUUUUUUUUAUAUAGUCGUGUUAAUUCUCUUUUUUUGUUCACGUUUAUAUAUAUAUAUAUAUAUAUAUAUAUAUAUAUAUAUAUAUAUUUGGUGGGUACAUUUAAGUGCUUAUCUUUAUUUUGCACAUUUUUUACACAUUUUUAAACGUUUUUAUGUGUCAAUUUUAUGAGCACCAUCA